AUGAUGGCUGCAGGAGUUGCAAACUUUUUGUUCUUGUUGCUAUUAGUCACCCAAGUACAAGGUAAAAUUUUUGACGUGAAAGCCUACGGAGCAAAGGCUAAUGGCAUGACAGAUGAUAGCAAGGCUAUCAACAGCGCUUGGAAAGAUGCAUGUGUAGCCAAAGAAGCCAGCACGGUGGUGAUAGCAAAAGGGAACUACAUGGUCGGUCCGCUGAAUUUCAAAGGACCUUGCACAGCACCUGUAACGGUUCAGGUUCAAGGAACCCUUAAGGCUCCAGCAGACCCCAGGCAACUACAUGGUGAGUGGGUCGUUUUCCGGAACGUUGAACAAUUAACUGUCUCAGGUGAUGGAAUAUUCGAUGGCCAAGGACCAACUGCUUGGUCUGUAAAUAACUGUGCCAAAACUGGAAAAUGCAAUUCAUUGCCCACAGUUAAGGAAAUUGAAUUGGAAUGGGAAGGGUGA